AAUCCAGGAUUUUUGUGAAAAUAAAAAAAGAACAUAAAGUGACUUUUUAAUAACAACAACACCAACAAAAAAAUUUCGAAAUACAUAACGGGAUACCAACCAACUGUCAUUAAAAGCACUAACAUUUAAUAAUUUGAAGGCGUUGAACAUUUAAAAAAUAAAAUUUUUUUUUAAUUAAAAACUUUUUUUUUUUAAGAAAUUAAAAAAAAAAUCGAAAAUGAUUCAUAAAGAGUUGCUGAAAUGUUUGCUGCUACUCAUCGCUGUGUUACUAUUGCCCGCACACGCCUUCUGGUGGGCGCCACCGACUGCAGCACCCACAACCGAAUCGCCGUUGGCGCUCAAAGAGAUACCGCUCACCUACUUCCGCACCUACACCUACCAACCGAUUGCCGGUCAUCCGUUCGCCGCCUUUCCCUACUACCAUCACGCGGCGAGCGCACUGCAGUCGCCGCUACUGGCGGGUCCGGCGCGCUACGAGCAUGGCACUUACAUGCAUGGCAGCGCGUAUCCCAUGAGUGUCGCUUUGACGCAACAACAACAGCAGUCGCAGUCACAACAACAAACAAUGCUGCCGCCGCAUAUGUAUCAGUUGCCGCAGACGCCGGUGUUACAUGCGAAGCCGUUGCCGAGUCCAACAACCACCACAACAAGCACUACCAGCACUGAGCCACCGACGACUACCAGCACCACAACUACUACAACAACAACGACCACAACACCACCGCCGCCAUCGACGACUGUCAGCAGUAGUAGCACUAGUACCACGACCAGCGUUCCGGUUACACAGACGAGCGAAGCUCAAGCUCAGCCUCAGCAGUUGGCUCAACACCAGCCACAGCCUCAACCAUACCCAUAUCCCUAUCCCACUUACAACCGUCGCGCUUACAUGGGCUACAAUCCGCACUCGUAUCGACCGGCCUAUCCCUAUCCGGACUACACGGUUUACAAGACGGCGCCAGUGACGCGCUUCAACAGUCAUGGUGGACAAAUUCAAUUCGUGCCUUGCAUGUGUCCAGUGAGUGUGGGCUCAACGGGCGCAGUGCGAAGCUCAUUGACGCCGGAGGGACGCACAUCCAGCGACGAAGAGGAGGACUUGAUGGUGUUGGCACGCGCUGAUGAAAUGAAUCUGCCUGUAGAACUGGGUGUGGACACCGAGAAGACGGAAACGGGAACAGCUGAGGCGGAGAAGUCUAAAAGUGAAACUGAAGUGACGGCAAAGACUGGAGCGGAGAGUGAAAUAACGGAGAACUUGGUGCAAAAGACGACGGAGGCUGUAGACGAGCAAUUGAGUACGAAUAAGAUCGACGGGCAGUCACUUGAGGCAGUGGAGUUGGGGAGUGACGGGAAAUCAACAGAGGCGUGAAUUUAAAAUAUAAUUAAAAAAAAUAA